GUAGAGCGUUUUCCUCAAAUAAAACCAACAAAAUUAUCCGUUUAAUCUCAAAUAAUCUCAAAUAACAUAUACAAAAGGUUUAUAGAAUAAAUUAAUUUACAGAUGUUAUAAGUUAAAUGUUUAUAUCUUUAAUUAAUGCAUUCUUCACAGAGUGCUCGUAAUCGAAACUAUUUUAACAGCUUCUCUAAACCUUUCGGUUUCGAGAUCAUUGUCUUCCGUGGAGAGAUCGUAUUUCCUUCAUGUAAAAAAAGUCCGCAUUUUUACUUUUACUGUUUUAAUUAUUUUUAUUAAUUGUACUCGCUUGAUAAAGAGAAUGGCUCUCCUGGAUGUCAGUGGAUUUAAACAUAAUUCCGCACUACAGUUUGGUUUUAAGCAAACGCACCUUCUCGGCCGGUCGAAUCACUAUAGUUUUGGGGCAAAAUGUCAAGAAUUCGCGGUACCAGUCGGAGUUGAUCCCUCUAAGUUUCUGAAAUCAUGUAGCUGUGAGGAUGGCGUUUCCAUAGAUCUGAAUCAUGGCACCACAACACUGGCAUUUAAGUUCCGCCAUGGAGUCAUUGUGGCCGUUGACUCCAGAGCAUCAGCUGGCAAAUACAUUGCAUCAAAGGAGGCCAACAAAGUGAUUGAGAUCAACCCUUACCUGCUGGGCACCAUGUCGGGCAGCGCUGCAGACUGUCAGUACUGGGAGAGAUUGCUGGCUAAAGAGUGCAGACUUUAUAAAUUACGUAACAAGCAGAGGAUCUCAGUGUCUGCAGCCUCUAAGCUGCUGUCUAACAUGAUGCUGGGAUACAGAGGCAUGGGCCUCUCUAUGGGGAGCAUGAUCUGUGGCUGGGACAAACAGGGUCCAGGCCUGUACUAUGUCGAUGACAAUGGCACCCGUCUAUCUGGGCGGAUGUUUUCCACUGGCUGUGGGAACAGUUAUGCAUAUGGUGUGGUGGAUAGCGGUUAUCGUGAGGAUAUGAGUGUGGAGGAGGCGUAUGAGCUGGGCCGUCGUGGCAUUGCACAUGCCACACACAGAGAUGCCUACUCUGGUGGCGUGGUCAACCUUUAUCACAUGCAGGAGGAUGGCUGGAUUAAGGUGUGUAAGGAGGAUGUGUCAGAGUUAAUCCACCAGUAUAAGAAGGGAAUGUUCUAAUCAUUCUGUACACAUUCUCUCCAAAUAGUGCAAACUCACUGUUUUAUUACUGUAUUUAACAUAGUAAAACAAUAAACUGUUCAAAAAACGAA